GAACAAGAUGGCGGCCGGAGCAAUAGAGGUGAUGAGUCCUCCCGCGAAGAAAUACGGUAGUGUUGUCAUCACUCUGGAUAAUGUCCUCAUCCCUCCUGAUAAGUUGUCCCCGAGUCCCUCCCAGCAGGAUGGACUUGACUCCGAGAUCGAGAUGGACUUGAGGAUCUUGGGAUGUGAACUUAUACAGACUGGCGGCAUCUUGCUCAAGUUACCUCAGGUGAGUUGCAAUGAUGGACAAGUACUCUUCCAAAGAUUUUACUAUGCAAAGUCAAUGGUGAGGUACCCCAUGGAGACCACUGCCAUGGCCUGCAUCGCUCUGGCCUCCAAGAUUGAAGAAGCCCCUCGCAAGAUCAGGGAUGUUAUUAAUGUCUUCAAUCAUGUCAGACAAGUAAAAAUGGAAAGUAAGACCAUACAACCUGUGAUUCUAGACAGCAACUACAUAGCCCUCAAGAACCAGGUGAUCAAAGCACGACUUCUAAAAGAGUUGGGGUUCUGCUGCCACGUGAAGCACCCACACAAGAUCAUAUACAUGUACCUGCGUCUGCUGGAGGCGGAUGACAACCGCCGGCUGGCCCAGUCUUCAUGGAACUACAUGAACGAUGCCCUACGUACGGACGUAUGGCACAAUCCUGAAACAAUCGCCUGUGCUUGUAUCUGGCUGGCUGCUCGCUUGUUGAAGGUCAGCUUGCCUAACAACCUCAGUGUGGUGUUGUUACGAGCCUCGCGAGAGAGCAUUGAGGAAGUGGCAGCUUCAAUACUCAGACUCUACUCUAGGAAGAAGGUUAAAUUGGAGACUUUAGAAGCAAAAGUUGAGGAGAUCCUGAGGGAACAACAGGAGGCAAGAUUACGGAGCAAAGUUGUAGCAUCAUUAACCACCCCCCUGACCAACACUCACUUCAGUCCUGUGUCUCAUAACAAUUCUCCUAGCAAAACAUCGUCACCUACACGGAAACGUUCCUCUUCUCCAGAAAGAAAUUCGGGAAGAAAGCGGAGCGGAAGCAGCGGCAGUAGAUCAAGAAGUAGGAGCCGCAGUCACUCAAGGUCGUCUCACCGCCGUUCUCGCAAGAAGCAACGUCGUGGAGAUUCCCGUUCCUCGCGUUCUCACUCCAGAUCUGCUUCUAGAUCGCGAACGAGGUCCAGGUCCCGUUCCCGAGACAAACACAGAGGCAACAAGAAAUACUCCAGAACUCCGUCUCCGACAGUUACUCCGCCUCCGAGAUUUACCAAGAAUAAAGACAAGGGAUUAAUUGUGAGGUCAAGAUCCAGGUCCCAUUCCAGAUCUCCCCAAAGAAAUUAUGAGAAGUACGAUCGGUAUGAGAAGUACGACAAAGUGGAGAGAUAUUCCAAGGGCAGUGAUAGAUAUGAUAAGAAUGAGAGGUAUGUGAGAGAUGAGAAAGUCCACAAGUACCUAAACAAAAGAAAAGGGUGCAAAUAUUCCUCCAGUAAGUACAACAACAAGUUCGACAGAUACGAAGUGGAUAAAAAGAAAUACGACAGAGACGAUAAUAAAAAGUACUACGAUAACGGCUUCGGCAAACCCCACAAAGCGAAGAAGAACGGGCGUCACAGAUCCCGGUCACGAGAUAGACGACGGUAGUCAACCUAGGCAUUUCUCUUAGUUGGAGACGGUGAUGGCGAGAGUUGGUGUAACUCCAAAACCCAGGGAUAUUCAUAUUACCUGAAAACUUCACAAAUUUCAAUUUCUGCAUAAUUUAUAGGAGUCCUUGUGUGUUAUAUUUUGAAGCCAUACACAGACAGUUUUGAUGUACAAGAGAAUUUAUAAAAAUACGUGUGUGUAUAUAGAGAAAUAUAUAUGAAUAAGUUCAGUUCUUCACCAAUCAGUUGGCAUCGAUACCUUCCUAGAUCAGUUUGAAGGACAGUGAUCCACUUUGUGUGAGCUUUGGCCAAAUCUAAUGUAACCAGAAAUAUAUUUGUGUUAGUAAGUGUCGGCCAUUGUGGGAUUAUGAGGUGCUCAUGUUAGCUCAUAUUGAGCAGCUGCACAUGUUCCUGUGUACAUUAUCAGGAAGUCAUUACAACAAUAACCUUAUUUUCUCAUAUCAGUCACCAUAUAUGUCUUCACUUGUAUUGUUUUAUUAUAUAAAGUACCUUGACAAUACAGUAACACUUAUUAUUGACUUGUUAUGAUGAGUGCCAUUUAUUAAAAUUGUUGAGAUUAGUUUACUCAGGGCAUAUUUAUUUAUAAAUGUAAUGUUUGUCCAUUUCCAAAAAUGUUAAAAUGAUUAAGUUUUUGGUAAAAGACAUACAGUAGCUACACAACUUAGGAGUUACAAACAGCUAGUGCAUGAAAAAAUAAAUAUUUGCCUCAAAUUUGUUGUUUAUGUUGAUUUUAAAAUUUUCUGAAGUGAAACAAAAAAAUUGCAAAAUAGUAAAUUGUCUAUUAUUUGAAAUUACUGUACUGUAUUGUACAGUAUUUUAAUGAAUCCUGAUCAUUAUGUUAGGUCUCACUUUACCAGAACAUAAAUAUUUGAUACUUUAACUUGUGACAACACACUGUACCACACUUGACACAGCUACACGCUGUACCAUACAUGACACAGCUACACAC